UUAUCAAAAAGGAUCACUUUUAUUAACGAAAAGAUCAACUCUAAGAAGGUCGUGAUAUUUAGCAAAUCUUAUUGCCCUUAUUGCCACAAAGUUUUUAAUAUCUUCGCACAGUAUCUUGGAAAAGAUCUUCCUGAAAACGAGUACGAGGUUGUAGAGCUAACAACGUUACCUAACGCAGACGCAAUUCAGGACGAGCUUCAGAAGAUGACUGGCGCACGCACCGUGCCACGCGUCUUCAUUAAUGGCAAGUGCAUCGGUGGUGCUGAUGAUACAGUCAGCGCAUUGAAAUCUGGGCUGUUAUAUACUUUACUGACGUCAUAG